AUGGCCUACAAGUGGCUGGCGAAAGUCGCCGGCUACCUCCAGAAGCCUUUGCAACAAGCAGCCUGUUUGGAAUACAAAGGCUCAGGACCCCUUCAGCACGGAGGCCAGGUCGUCUUGGAAUCCGUAACAGAUGCUGACUGGGCUGGGUGCAAGCGAACAAGAAAGUCUCGCUCCUCGGUGCAUCUGUACCUGGGUGGCAGCUUGAUUGCCAGUCACGUUAGAACUCAGAAAUCUGUGUCGCUCAGCAGCGGGGAAGCGGAAUUCGUUGCAAUGGUGAGUGGGGGCACUGAAGUUGUGUUCAUCCGGGAGUGCCUCGACUACUUGAUGAAAGGGUUCGCUGAGAUUGAUGUUGUGCUUCGAAGUGACAGUGCUGCAGCUAGAGGCAUCAGCCAGCGAAUCGGCUGCGGCAAGGUCAGACACUUGAGCUGUGGCCUUUUGCGGGUCCAAGAGGCCAUCAAAGCCAAGGUCUUCCGUGCAAGCCCUGUGUCAGGGCAACGAAACCCCUCUGACCUGGGUACAAAACCUCUGAGCGGCCCUCGCGUCCGAGAGCUCCUAUGUCGAAGUGGAGCAGUGGACGAUGAUGGAAAUCCAUAUGGACUUGAGGACCUUGAGAGAUCCCAGAGCAAGAUGCAAGUGAAAGAAAUGAUGAAAAGCAGCAGAGUGGGCCUAGUGCAUGCGAAGAAAAUUCUGCCGAUCUUGCUUGUGAUGGCCCAAGUGCUUGGGGCUGAUGGUGCAGAGGGCUUGGGCCUCGCCGUGACGAUGGCGAUGAUGGAAGAUGCUCUUCUGUCUGGAGUGGCUACGAUGGCGACUGGCCUGGUAGUAGUGUUGUUUUGGCUUGGGGCUUCGUGGGUCAUUUGGUGGAUCUACAGAUGGGCCCUUCCAGGCCGACGAGCAACUGUGGACCAGGCCAACCAAGCAAAAGUGGAAAAGGUGAACCGCUACACCCAAGCGAGCAUCGGAAUGUCACCAAGCGAGCGGCAGUUCAUGAACGAGUAUGUCGACAGAUGUAGUUUUCUCACCGAAGCCCUGCGUGAAGAACAUCGUACUGUAGAGCAAUGCGAGGAAGCUUUGAUUGAGGUUCGCAAUGAGAAUAGGGAUCUUCGUGCAAGGCUCGCUAGGAGUGAAGGGCUAGGAUAUGCCCCCGAGUCAAUCACAAUCGCAACUCACCGGGGGACAGUGUAUCAUCGUGAAGAUUGCGGAGCCCUGGCCAACAGUCGUCAUAUCACCAGAUACAGGGCCUGUGAUUUUUGUAUUCGGGCCAGGGCAACAGAAAUGUAG